AUGAAGCAUAAGAGUGAGGCUUUCGAGAAAGUCAAAGAAUACCUCACCUUUAUUGAACGACACUUCGGGCACCUGCCGAAGAUAUUGUGCGUCGAUAAUGGGUCCGAAUACAUUAAUAAGGACCUGAAGGGAUGGUGCUGUGAGAAGGGAAUUGAGCUGCAAACGACAGCACCAUACUCACCUUCGCAGAAUGGUGUAGCUGAGCGAUUUAAUCGCAUGCUAUUGGAGCUUGCUCGUGCAAUGUUGAUUGCGAGGAAGCUUCCAAACUUCCUCUGGGCGGAAGCUGUUGCAUACGCAGCAUACCUGCAAAAUCGAGCGCUGAUGAAAGCACUGCACGGGAAAACUCCGGAAGAGGUGUGGACGGGCAAGAAGCCCAAUGUCGCGCACCUACGAGGAUUUGGGUCAGAUGUCUGGAUUCUGACGGAAGGCCAGAAUCUCUCGAAACUCGAGCCAAAGUCGAAGAAACACACCUUUGUAGGUUUUGCUGAUGGCCUGAAGGCCGUGCGCUACUACGAUGUGGGUGCGCGCUUGAUCCGAGUCUCGCGAAAUUUUGUAUUCGCGGAUGCCCCGAACCCAGCAAGCAAUGUUCCUGUACAUCAGCUUGAUGACAGUGACAGGCUGCCGCUCAAGGGGGAGUCAGGGGGAGCUGUCAAGCAGCAGCCUCCCACAUCUGCAUCAAAACCAGCAUCAGUACCUGUUAAAGCUGAUCAGUCUAACAAGAAACACGAUGGAAACUACAUUAUAGAGGAAGACUUACCUCCCGAGAUACAGGAGAGCAUGCGAGAGCAACCGACAUUCUUGCCUGCACCCCCGAAGAUCCCUCUUUGUCGUAUGACCCGCGCUACGCAGGACCAUGACUAUCGAAGGAUGGAUAACCCCCAUGCACAGCCCGCGAAGUCGCACGAGCUGCCGGGAGUGCCAAAAGAGAACGCACCUGGUGAGAGUGCGAAAGUCGCCGUGACGCCCGAAGAAUUUGAAGAGAUCGUGCAGGCGCUGUAUGCGACAGCGCUGGCAUUGGGCGACAGAACGGCAAGUGCAGGAGAUGAGCCAUGA